UGGUUCAUUUUGCUUGCAUAUAUUUUUGCUUCACAGAGAAUAGUACAGACAAACCUUUCGCCGAUAUAAUUCAAAUGAAUCCGUCUUCGAGUGAUGCUGAUCCGUACUACGUGGAAAAUGAUAGCUUUGUCGAACUUCAUUAUGAUAGCGUUUGCACUGAAGGUGUUGUGAUUUCCGAGGAAGCAACAGUUGGAUUUGUGGAAUUCGUUGAAACGAGUCAAGAGGACACCCAAGUGGAGAUUAAAUUCGAAGAAGUGUCAAACGAUAAAAUCUAUUUGCAUCCUGAUGAAACCGGUUUCGAUCCUCUGGAGGGAACAAACCCGUCGGAAAACUGAAGGUUUGGAGUGAGCCGGUCGAACACUUCAACGAACCUUGCUCUGCGACCGAUCAACCUAACACUUUACUUGAUCUACACGUCAGCAUUCACGAGCGGGCAAAAAUUACCAAUGAACGAGGCAUGCGCUACAACGACUUAGAGUUGGAUGUAGCCGCUUACGAUUAUAUGACGGCUGGUUGUAGUAACUAUCAAUUUAAAAGACAAAAUAUGUCUCUGCCUUGCAUCAAAACGUUGAAAAAGCAUAUCUCUUCGCAUACUGAAGAUACUCGAGAAGGUAUUUUAAUGAUUGCUCCACUCGUCAAAUACUUGAAGGCUCACGACUACCCGAUGCGUGUUGUACUAAGUGAGGAUGGAACACCUGUAUCGCCAAAUCCUGAAUACGAUUGUAAAACCGACUCAAUUCGUGGACUAGUCGCUCCUUUGAAUGAAAACGGCAUGCCAAAACAAGAUCUGUUCAUAGCCAGUUCGGUGGCAAAACUCAUCAACGAUCUCGAUACAUACACCGUUGGCGAAUAUUUGUAUACGAUUCUUGCAACACCAUUGGUCCCGAAAGCAUCACCUUUCUGCAUUUUCUAUAUGUGUACGGACAACAAAUUUACACAUGAAGAUGUGCUUCGUAGAUGGCGUUAUAUUGAAACACAACUUGCUAAUGCUGGAAUCACUGUAGUAGCUAAUGCUUCCGAUGGGGAUCCACGAUUGCUCACUGCUAUGAAAUGCAGGACAGGUCAUCCUCGAGAAGCGCCGUGCAAAGUGUAUGGACCACAUUUUGUUGCUGAAUUAGGCGACGAGGCACUUUGCAUCCAGGACUCAAUCCACUUGAUCAAUAAACUAAGGCAUAGUUUACUAGAUCCUAAAAAGCAUAUGUACCUUGGAAACUUUACAAUCGCAUCGUCGCUUUUGAAACAGAUGAUGGAUUAUGGAGACAAAUCUGUGCAUAAACUGAAUCCAUCCGAUUUAAAUCCGUUGGACAAAAUGAAAUUUGAUCCAUCAAUAAAAUUAAUGUCUUCCGAGUUGAUUGAACAUCUGGGCGAAGUGGUCCCUGGAAGCAAUGGAACGGUUGCGUAUUUGAAAGUAAUGCGUUUGAUAUAUCAAGCAUUUAUCGAAGAAAACAUCCCACCGAAAACCCGAAUUACAGCGAUUUGAAGAACCAAUCCGAGACAACAAAGAUUCUAGCCGAUCAGAUGAAGCAAGUUUUGUUGACUGCAAUGGGAAUGAAUCUGAGAAAAUCGAAACAGCAGAAAGCAUAUUUCAACGAGCAGGCGGAGAAUUGAUACUACGGAAUUGUGAGUCGGUAUCCAAAAGCCAUUCGUUUAAAGUGAAAGGGAUUAAUGGGAGAAUCAUCCAUGUUAAAAAGUCCACAAUGCUUUGGCUUUUAUCGUCUGGCCGCUUUAAACGUUCAAAUGAUAGAUUGAGGCGUUUCCACCGGAUCCGAACGCUCAAUGCUCUGCCGAUUACCACCAACCAUAUUAAGGAUGACGUGACCGUUGGAGAUUGGGUGGCAUUGAGCGGUCGCCUGAUUUGCCAUGUUAGCAGUUUUCAAUAUCAGGCAGGUGAAAAUACAAGUUAUAAAAUGUAUACAUAACUUUUAAGACACUUAAUCAAAUCUUGCAGGGAGAUCUAAAGCGUGUUCCCUACAAACUGUUCCUGUCAAAUGCCCUGUUAAAGUGAAACGCAGAGGUAUUUUUCUAGUUGGGAAUUUUUAUAACGUAUCAGAACAAGGAGCCCUUAAUUUGUGUAACGAGCGCCACCGCCAAAAGGA